AUGUAUUUCAGGUCUUUCUUCUCUCAUAUCUAUCUAUCUAUCUAUCUAUCUUGGACUAGAUUAAUAUUUAUCUCAAUCUGUUCUUAUCUGUAUUUCAGUCUAUUCUUCUCUAUCUAUCUAUCUAUCUAUCUAUCUAUCUAUCUUAGACUGUUAAUAUUUAUCUCAAUCUGUUCUUAUCUAUGUAUUUCAGUCAUUUUCUUAUCUAUCUAUCUAUCUAUCUAUCUAUCUAUCUAUCUGUCUAUCUUAGACUUCUAUUCUAUCUAUCUAUCUAUCUAUCUAUCUAUCUUAUCUGUUAAUAUUUAUCUCAAUCUGUUCUUAUCUAUGUAUUUCAGUCUAUUCUUCUCUAUCUAUCUAUCUAUCUAUCUAGUCUAUCUAUCUAUCUAUCUAUCUAUCUAUCUAUCUAUCUUAGACUGUUAUAUUUAUCUCAAUCUGUUCUAUCUAUUUAUUUCUAUUCUAUUCUUAUCUAUCUAUCUAUCUAUCUAUCUAUCUCUCUAUCUAUCUAUCCUGUUCUAUCUAUGGUUUCAGUCUAUUCUUCUCUAUCUAUCUAUCUAUGUAUUUCAGUCUUUCUAUUUAUCUAUCUAUCUAUCUAUCUAUUCUAUCUAUCUCUCUAUCUAUCUAUCUAUCUUCUUAGACUUCUAUUCUUAUCUAUCUAUCUAUCUAUCUAUCUAUCUAUCUAUCUUAGACUUCUAUUCUUAUCUAUCUAUCUAUCUAUCUAUCUAUCUAUCUAUCUAUCUUAGUUCUCUUAAUAUUUAUCUCAAUCUGUUUCUUAUCUAUGUAUUUUCAGUCUGUUCUUAUCUAUCUAUCUAUCUAUCUAUCUAUCUAUCUAUCUAUCUUAGAUCUGUUAAUAUUUGCUUAUCUCAAUCUGUUCUUAUCUAUCUAUUUCAUCUAUUCUUCUUUAUCCCAAUCUAUCUAUCUAUCUAUCUAUCUAUCUAUCCAUAUCUAUCCAUCUAUCUAUCCUAUCUUAGACUGUUAAUAUUUUAUCUCAAUCUGUUUCUUAUCUAUGUAUUUCUAUCUAUUCUUCUCCAUCCAUCUAUCUGUCUAUCUAUCUAUCUAUCUAUCUAUCUUAGACUGUUAAUAUUUAUCUCCAAUCUGUUCUUAUCUAUGUAUUUCAGUCUAUUCUUAUCUAUCUAUCUAUCUAUCUAUCUAUCUAUCUAUCUAUCUAUCUAUCUAUCUAUCUUAGACUUCUAUUCAUCUCAUCUAUCUAUCUAUCUAUCUAUGUAUCUAUCUAUCUAUCUAUCUAUCUUAGACUUCUAUUCUUUAUCUUCUCUAUCUAUCUAUCUAUCUAUCUUAGACUUCUAUUUAUCUAUCUAUCUAUCUAUUCUUAUCUAUCUUAGACUGUAUUCUCAGUUCUUAUCUAUGUAUUUCCAGUCUAUUCUAUCUAUCUAUCUAUCUAUCUAUCUUCAUCUAUCUAUCUAUCUUAGACUUCUAUUCUUCUCUAUCUAUCUAUCUAUCUAUCUAUCUAUCUAUCUAUCUUGUCUAUCUAUCUUCUCAACUGUUCUUAUUUAUCUCAAUCUGUUCUUAUCUAUCUAUCUAUCUAUUCUUCUCUAUAUAUCUAUCUUAGACUAUCUAUCUGUCUUGGGUUCUGUCUAUGUAUUUCCUUCUUCCUCAUCAUCUAUUCUUCUAUCUAUCUAUCUAUCUAUUCUUCCAGUCUUUUCUUGUCUAUCUAUCUGUCUUAUCUAUCUAUCUAUCUAUCUAUCUAUCUAUCUAUCUAUCUAUCUAUCUAUCUCUAUCUAUCUUAGACUGUUAUUUAUCUCAAUCUGUUCUUAUCUAUGUAUUUCCAGUCUAUUCUUAUCUAUCUAUCUAUCUAUCUAUCUAUCUAUCUAUCUAUCUUAG